CGUCUAUAUUUUAAUAUUUUAUAACCAUUUUCUGUUAAGAUAUCAGGGAAGAAUUUCAACUAUAAAUUCGGAGAAAAGGAUUUCUUUGUUAGUUUCGAACGAGCGAAAUCAUGUCUCGCAAAAUGAUGAGAAAGCUUCGAAACACUGCAAACUUCGGCACUGCUUCUCUACUGGCGGAUCGCGAGAGACCCAGGGAAAUCGAAGGUCCUCCUCUUAGACAGUUUUGCCGCUUGAUUGUAAGUCUUGCGGCGCUUAUGGGCUUCGCUCUAGUGGUCACCAUGUCAUUGCUAAACCAGCCUCCAAAACGAUCUCACAGGCUCUGGAUCACUCCUCAUGACUAUCAUAAUGCUUCACAGUUUUUUGAUAAAAUGGCCCCGCAAUUGAACUCUGCUGAAUGGAAUUGCCCCUGUAAGACUUCCAACACCCUUCAUAAACACAAAACUCUUGAUCACAUCGUCGAUUUCUUUCUUCUCAGAGAGCGUAAGGAGCCGCUGCACAUCAAGAGUUUCACUCAGGUCUGCUCUGUUCUCAACGAUUCGUCUGAUUUUAGUGGGUUUAACGAGUCAUGCAAUGAGAUUUUGAGAGGUGGGUUUCAGUGGGGUGGAUGGAGUACACAUUCCAGCAAUACUUUGUACCCAGAUUCCAUGAGAACGAGCAGCCUCAAUCCAGUUGCAUUCAUGUACGAUGUCUGUAUGUCAUGGGCAGGAGGUUUAUCACAGGCGAGCUUAUCUUUUCUGGUCUCUCAUUUCGGAAUGAGAAUGAAAACAGUCCACCAACUAGAGAAGUUUGGAAAGCUCAUGCAGGCCACACUGAGGACAUGUUCUUUGUACAGCAGUUGGCCGCCACCGAAUGAGGAUUUGUACGUUCAACAAGUGAAGGCCGCGCAUCCAAACCUCACGAAAAUUCAGAUGGCUAUUGCAAUAAAGUUCAAUUGGACAGAAUACAUGGCCGUUUGUUCUCCAAGCUACUGUGAGCAUUUGAAGAUGAAUUCUUUAGCCUGGAAUUUGUUCACUGCGUUGGCUCAAAUGGGAGGAUUCAUUUCUGUGGCGGUUUUUAUUCUGCGGGCUGUGAUUUGGCCAGUGAUAUGCUUGGUCGGCGGAUGGCCUUCAACAUUGACAAGCGGGUAUCAACAUCUAUGGGUCGAUCAAUUCUCUUCACCAACCCCGUCAUUCCAUACUGGUCUGAAAAGAUCAAGGACUGUAACAUUCUAAUUGCAUUAGCUAGUCAAACGUAAAAUUAUCACGAGUUUUUUAUAAGCCACGUUUCUCUUGCCUAUUCAACUUAAUGGUGGGAUCCACCGGUUUUUUUCCCGGCUGGAAAAGUAGUAGUGACUCGUUGUAGAAGGUCUUCCGAAUAAUUCAAUUUUUUUGGCAGAUUAAAUGCACUCCGAGUUUAGGAUUGAA